AUGACUGCGAGACGCAAAGGCUCAGCCAUCUCCAGCACUUGCACGAAUGAAACCGAGACUGCGGAGCAGAGUAUCUCAAAUUCGACGUUCGAGUUUGUUCUCAUGGCUCCAAAUGGAGGCUUCAACAAAUACGGGAUCAGUCAAAUUCGAGCACACACGACGAGAGAACUGCAUAAAGCUAGACGUCAAGCUGGACAGACGUUCCUGCGUCGUCACCGGAACCGCCUGGGAAAUGUUUAUUUCGGCUCGCAGUUCGAUUCUUUCAAGGCCCUACCGCAACUCCGCAUGGAGGAGAAGCGACCUGGGAUUCUCAACGAGGUCAAGUACAACGGUAUUGCAGUGCAAGAACUCAUUGUUCUUGCAGUAUUUCACGUAUACAACCAGACUGCUAUGAAGCAGGUUAUCUGGCCUCGAGGAACAAAGGACGAUACAUUUUUCACAGGAAUGCUGCUUAUGUGCUCUGUUCAUCUCGACAGUCUUCACACUCGGUCAAACGUCUUGUCGCCAGUCUCGACUGCUCUCAAACUCGAAGCCAUGAGGAAAGUGCGCGAGAGGAUCCAAACUCGGUCGGCGGAUGACAUUAUUAGCAGCAUCUCAGCCAUCGCCUGCUUAGCUGCUUGUGCAUUGGUUCGCGAUGAAAUCGAGGGUGCCGACGAGUAUCAGCUACAUCGAAAGGCAUAUGCCGUUCUUAUCAAGGAAGCAUUUGAGCAACGGAUGUUUGAACGCUCGAGGUUUUGCAAGGAUGUCUUGCGAAUCAUUACCGUCAUUGCGAUCGGCCGAAGAUGUCGCAUGCCAACGCCUGGUUUGGCGCCGGUGAUCGACUCUGCAAUAGCACUCAAGGAGUACGAAUACGUCUUUGAGGACGAGUGGCAGAGCCGAACACACGCUCAGCCAGAGCUCUUUUCUCCAGUCUACGAUGGUCGAGAGAAGCCAGACGAGGAUGCUUUUCCAUACGUGCACACCGACCAUCUCCGGCACUUGCUCCAAAUGAUGCAGAGCGUCAUUGAGAUCUGGACAAGACAAACCAGGACGCCUCUUGAGGUAGGGGACAAGGAGGUCGCUGUGCUGGAUUUGUUAUGCCCACAGAUACUCAGCCUACCGAGCGCAACGUUGCCCGGACUGGCCUGCACUGGAGACUACGUAUACGAGGCAUGUCGUGUCACGUCAGUGUUGAUGAUUCAGAGCGUCGAACGCAGUCAAUCCUGGAAAAAGGUUGCACAAGGGUCAAAGCUGAUGGGAGAAUUACGAGCCGCAUUGGAAAGGACAGAAUUGGGGCCGACGCUUGAGCGAGGUGUCUCGGGUGGACACUGGCGUAAGAAUCUCGGUCUCUUGUACUGGAUUGUGUUGGUGUUUCAUUGCGCAGCGUUUGGGUCGGCGGAUUAUGCGUUCGCACAUGCUUUGCAGACGAGUUUGUCGUUUGAGUUGACGUACAAUUAUCAUGACUGGCAUGGCGCAUUGGUUCCGAUGUUGAUGUUGAAAGAUGUCAUGCCUGAUCUCUACGAUUGA